UACGUAGUGACUCACGUGAGCUGCGCGGCCGUGGAGGCGCGAAUUCGUGAGUUUGCGGGGUCGUGGCGCUCCGUGUGCAGCCCUGGGCCGGCCCCCGCCCCCGCGCUCUCCCCGCAGCCUGGAAGGAAGCGGGUUGUGGGAGUUAGGGUCCCAGCCCGACCUCUGGCUCCCACUUAGAUCGGCCCCCGACCCCGAGACUCGCUGCUCCUCGCGGCCCGGGCUUGCCCUGCGCGGCUUCAUCCCCCAGCUCUGGUGGGUCCCGCGGGCUCCAGUGUCAGAUAAGACAUAUUUGCAAACAUGUCCCGGAUUGAAAAGAUGAGCAUCCUGGGCGUGCGGAGUUUUGGAAUAGAGGACAAAGAUAAGCAAAUUAUUUCUUUCUUCAGCCCCCUCACAAUUUUGGUUGGACCCAAUGGGGCGGGGAAGACGACCAUCAUUGAAUGUCUAAAAUAUAUUUGUACUGGAGAUUUCCCUCCUGGAACCAAAGGAAACACAUUUGUUCAUGAUCCCAAGGUUGCUCAAGAAACAGAUGUUAGAGCCCAAAUUCGUCUGCAAUUUCGUGAUGUUAAUGGAGAACUUGUGGCUGUGCAGAGAUCUAUGGUGUGUACUCAGAAAAGCAAAAAGACAGAAUUUAAAACCCUGGAAGGAGUCAUUACUAGAACAAAGCAUGGUGAAAGGGUCAGUCUCAGCUCCAAGUGUGCAGAAAUUGACCGAGAAAUGAUAAGUUCUCUUGGGGUUUCCAAGUCUGUGUUAAAUAAUGUCAUUUUCUGUCACCAAGAAGAGUCUAACUGGCCUUUAAGUGAAGGAAAGGCUUUGAAGCAAAAAUUUGAUGAAAUUUUUUCAGCAACAAGGUACAUUAAAGCCUUGGAAACACUUCGGCAGGUACGUCAGACACAAGGUCAGAAAGUAAAAGAAUGUCAAACAGAACUGAAAUAUCUAAAGCAAAACAAGGAGAAAGCUUGUGAGAUUCGUGAUCAGAUUACUAGUAAGGAAGCUCAGUUAACAUCUUCAAAGGAAAUUGUCAAGUCCUAUGAGAAUGAACUUGAUCCAUUGAAGAACCGUCUAAAAGAAAUAGAGCAAAAUCUCACUAAAAUAAUGAGACUAGACAAUGAAAUUAAAGCUUUGGAUAGCCGAAAGAAGCAAAUGGAGAAAGAUAAUAGUGAAUUGGAACAGAAAAUGGAAAAGGUCUUUCAAGGGACUGACGAGCAACUAAAUGAUUUAUAUCACAAUCAUCAAAGAACAGUAAGGGAAAAAGAAAGAAAACUGGUAGACUGUCAACGAGAGCUAGAAAAGUUAAGUAAAGAAUCUAGACUUCUCAAUCAAGAAAAAUCAGAAUUACUUGUUGAGCAAGGUCGUCUACAGCUGCAAGCAGAUCGCCACCUAGAACAUAUUCGAGCUAGAGACUCAUUGAUUCAGUCUUUAGCAACACAGCUAGAGUUGGACGGCUUUGAACGUGGACCAUUCAAUGAAAGGCAGAUUAAAAAUUUUCAUAAACUUGUAAGAGAGAGGCAAGAAAAGGAAGCAGAAACUGCCAGCCAUAUGUUGAGUGAUUUUACAGAAAAAGAAACUCUGAAGCAAAAACAGAUAGAUGAAAUAAGAGAUAAGAAAAUCGGACUGGGAAGAAUAAUUGAGCUAAAAUCAGAAAUCUUAAGUAAGAAGCAGAAUGAGCUGAAAAAUGUGAAGUAUGAAUUACAGCAAUUGGAAGGAUCUUCAGACAGGAUUCAUGAACUGGACCAGGAACUCACAAAAGCUGAGCGUGAGCUAAGCAAGGCUGAGAAAAACAGCAAUGUAGAAACACUAAGAACAGAAGUUAUGAGCCUUCAGAAUGAAAAAGCAGACCUUGACAGGACCCUGCGUAAACUGGACCAGGAGAUGGAGCAGCUCAACCAUCAUACAACAACUCGUACCCAGAUGGAGAUGCUGACCAAAGACAAAACUGACAAAGAUGAACAAAUCAGAAAAAUAAAGUCUAGACACACUGAUGAGUUGACAUCAUUGUUAGGGUAUUUUCCUAACAAAAGACAGCUCGAAGAUUGGCUUCAUAGUAAAGCAAAAGAAAUUAAUCAAACCAGAGAUAGACUUACCAAAUUAAACAAGGAACUAGCUUCAGCUGAGCAAAAUAAAAAUCAUACAAAUAAUGAACUAAAAAGAAAAGAAGAACAAUUGUCAAGUUAUGAAGACAAGUUGUUUGAUAUUUGUGGUAGCCAGGAUUUUGAAAGUGAUUUGGACAGGCUUAAAGAUGAGAUUGAAAAAUCGUCAAAACAACGAGCCAUGCUGGCUGGAGCCACAGCAGUUUACUCCCAGUUCAUCACUCAGCUCACAGAUGAAAACCAGUCAUGUUGUCCUGUCUGUCAGAGAGUUUUUCAGACAGAAACUGAAUUACAAGAAGUCAUCAGUGAUUUACAGUCCAAAUUGCGGCUUGCUCCAGAUAAACUCAAAUCAACAGAAUCAGAGCUAAAGAAAAAAGAAAAGCGGCGUGAUGAAAUGCUGGGACUUGUACCAAUGAGGCAAAGCAUAAUUGAUCUGAAGGAGAAAGAAAUUCCAGAAUUAAGAAAUAAACUGCAGAAUGUCAACAGAGACAUACAGCGCCUAAAGAAUGAUAUAGAAGAGCAGGAAACACUGUUAGGUACUAUAAUGCCUGAGGAAGAAAGUGCUAAAACGUGUCUGACAGACAUAACAAUUAUGGAGAGAUUUCAGAUGGAACUUAAAGAUAUUGAAAGAAAAAUUGCACAACAAGCAGCUAAACUACAAGGAAUUGAUUUGGAUAGAACUGUUCAACAAGUCAACCAGGAAAAACAAGAAAAACAACACAAAUUAGAUACAGUUUCCAGUAAGAUUGAAUUGAAUCGUAAGCUAAUACAGGACCAGCAGGAACAGAUUCAACACUUUAAAAGUACAGUAAAUGAACUUAAAUCAGAGAAACUUCAAAUAUCUACUAACUUACAGCGACGUCAGCAACUAGAGGAGCAAACUGUAGAAUUAUCCACUGAAGUUCAGUCCUUACACAGAGAGAUAAAGGAUGCAAAAGAGCAAGUAAACCCUUUGGAAAUGACAUUGGAAAAGCUCCAGCAGGAAAAAGAGGAAUUAAUCAACAGGAAAAAUACAAGCAACAAAACAGCACAGGAUAAAAUGAAUGAUGUCAAAGAGAAGAUUAAAAAUAUCCAUGGCUAUGUAAAAGACAUUGAGAAUUACAUUCAAGAGGGGAAAGAUGACUAUAAGAAGCAAAAGGAAACUGAACUUAAUAAAGUAAUAGCUCAACUAAGUGAAUGUGAGAAACAUAAAGAAAUGAUAAAUAAAGACAUGGGAACUAUGAGACAAGAUAUUGAUACACAGAAGAUACAAGAAAGAUGGCUACAGGAUAAUCUUACUUUAAGAAAAAGGAAUGAGGAACUAAAGGAAGUCGAAGAAGAAAGAAAGCAGCAUUUGAAGGAAAUGGGUCAAAUGCAGGUUUUGCAAAUGAAAAAUGAGCAUCAGAAAUUGGAAGACAAAAUAGAUAACAUAAAAAGAAAUCACAGUUUGGCAAUAGGGCGGCAAAAAGGAUAUGAGGAAGAGAUCAUUCAUUUUAAGAAGGAGCUUCGUGAGCCUCAAUUUCGGGAUGCUGAGGAGAAGUACAGAGAAAUGAUGAUUGUUAUGAGAACAACAGAGCUUGUGAACAAAGAUCUGGACAUUUAUUAUAAGACCCUCGACCAAGCAAUAAUGAAAUUUCACAGUAUGAAAAUGGAAGAAAUCAAUAAAAUUAUCCGUGAUCUUUGGAGAAGUACCUAUCGUGGACAAGAUAUUGAAUACAUAGAAAUUCGAUCUGAUGCCGAUGAAAAUGUAUCAGCUUCUGAUAAAAGGCGGAAUUACAACUACCGAGUGGUGAUGCUAAAAGGCGAUACGGCCUUGGAUAUGCGAGGACGAUGCAGUGCUGGGCAAAAGGUGUUGGCCUCACUCAUCAUUCGCCUGGCCCUGGCCGAAACAUUCUGCUUAAACUGUGGCAUCCUUGCCUUAGAUGAGCCAACAACAAAUCUUGACCGAGAGAACAUUGAAUCUCUUGCACAUGCUUUGGUUGAGAUAAUAAAAAGCCGCUCACAACAACGUAACUUCCAGCUUCUGAUAAUCACACAUGAUGAAGAUUUUGUGGAACUCUUAGGGCGUUCAGAAUAUGUGGAGAAAUUCUACAGGAUUAAGAAGAACAUUGAUCAGUGCUCAGAGAUUGUGAAAUGCAGUGUCAGCUCCCUGGGGUCUUACGUUCAUUGAAAAUAUUUCUGGUGUCAA